AUGGGGAACCGGGGCAUGGAGGAGCUCAUCCCGCUGGUGAACAGGCUCCAGGACGCCUUCGCCUCCAUCGGCCAGAACUCGAGCCUGGACCUGCCGCAGAUCGCGGUGGUGGGCGGGCAGAGCGCCGGGAAGAGCUCCGUGCUGGAGAACUUCGUGGGCAAAGACUUCCUCCCUCGUGGUUCAGGUAUCGUCACUCGGCGCCCCCUGGUGCUGCAGCUGAUCAACUGUCCAACAGAGUAUGGAGAGUUCCUGCACUGUAAAGGGAAAAAGUUCACAGACUUUGAUGAAGUUCGUCAAGAGAUCGAAGCGGAAACUGAUCGAGCCACCGGACACAACAAAGGGAUCAGUCCAGUCCCCAUAAACCUGCGAGUCUACUCACCCAACGUGUUGAACCUGACUCUGGUGGACCUUCCCGGGAUGACGAAGGUCCCGGUGGGGGACCAGCCGGCCGACAUUGAGCACCAGAUCAGAGACAUGCUCAUGCAGUUCGUCACCAAGGACAACUGCCUCCUAUUGGCUGUUUCCCCGGCCAACUCUGACCUCGCCAACUCCGAUGCUCUGAAAAUUGCCAAGGAGGUCGACCCGCAAGGUCUGAGAACCAUCGGCGUGAUCACCAAACUGGACCUGAUGGAUGAAGGAACUGAUGCCAGAGACAUCCUGGAGAACAAACUGCUGCCUCUACGCAGAGGUUACAUCGGGGUGGUGAACCGUAGUCAGAAGGACAUCGAUGGGAAGAAAGACAUCACGGCAGCUCUGCAGGCUGAGAGGAAGUUUUUCCUGUCGCACCCUUCAUACCGACACCUGGCCGACCGCAUGGGCACCGCCCACCUGCAGAAAGUCCUCAACCAGCAACUGACCAACCACAUCCGAGACACGUUACCAGGGUUACGCAGCAAACUGCAGAGCCAGCUGCUGUCCAUUGAGAAGGAGGUGGAGGAGUAUAAGAACUUCAGACCGGACGACCCGGGACGCAAGACCAAGGCCCUGCUGCAAAUGGUGCAGCAGUUUGCAGUGGACUUUGAGAAGCGGAUCGAAGGAUCUGGAGAUCAGGUGGAAACCUACGAGCUGUCAGGAGGAGCGAAGAUCAAUCGAAUCUUCCACGAACGCUUCCCCUUUGAACUGGUCAAGUUGGAGAGUGAUGAGAAGACUCUUCGUAAAGAGAUCAGCUACGCCAUCAAGAAUAUCCAUGGAAUCAGGACGGGUCUGUUCACACCUGACAUGGCGUUCGAGACGAUCGUGAAGCGUCUGAUCGCUCAGAUCAAAGAACCGUGUCAGAAAUGUGUCGACAUGGUGAUCAGUGAGCUGGUCAACACCGUCCGUCAGUGUACACAGAAGUUGGCUCAGUAUCCGAUGCUCAGAGAGGAGAUGGAGAGAAUCGUCACUCAGCACAUCAGAGACCGAGAAAGUCGCACCAAAGACCAGGUGAUGUUGCUGAUUGACAUUGAGUUGGCCUACAUGAACACAAACCACGAAGACUUCAUCGGCUUUGCAAAUGCUCAGCAGAAGAGCAGUCAGAUGAGCAAGAAGAAGGCAGCGGGAAACCAGGAUGAGAUCAUGGUGAUCCGGAAAGGCUGGCUGACCAUCAACAACAUUGGCAUCAUGAAAGGAGGAGCUAAAGAGUACUGGUUUGUCCUGACUGCUGAGACCCUGUCCUGGUACAAGGAUGAUGAGGAGAAGGAGAAGAAGUACAUGCUCCCUGUGGACAACCUGAAACUCAAAGACAUCGAGAAGAGCUUCAUGUCCAGCAAACACAUCUUUGCCCUGUUCAACACUGAACACAGGAACGUAUACAAAGACUACCGUCAGCUGGAGUUGGCCAGUGAGUCUCAGGAGGAGGUGGACAGCUGGAAGGCUUCUUUCCUACGAGCUGGAGUGUACCCUGAACGCACCGUGGAUAAAGAGAAGGUGGAGGUGGAGGAGGCAAGCGGAGACGGCCACAUCCACAGUCUGGACCCUCAGCUGGAGCGACAGGUGGAGAUUGUCAGGAACCUGGUGGACUCGUACCUGUCCAUCAUCCACCGCACUGUCAGAGACCUCAUCCCGAAGACCAUCAUGCACCUGAUGGUCAACAAUACGAAGGAGUUCAUCCACUCUGACCUGCUGGCUCAACUUUACUCCUGUGGAGACCAGAAUACCCUGAUGGAGGAGUCCCAGGAACAGGCUCAGCACCGUGAUGAGAUGUUGAAGAUGUACCACGCUCUACGUGAAGGCCUCAGCAUCAUCGGUGACAUCAGCACCUCCACCAUCACCACGGCGAUGCCGCCGCCUGUCGACGACUCUUGGCUGCAGGUGACGGGGAUGCCCUCUGGACGCAGGUCUCCUAUGUCCAGUCCGACCCCUCAGCGUCGGGCCCCUCCUGGACCUCCUCGCCCAGGCGGUCGUGCAGCUCCCGGCCCUCCAUCUCGCCCCGCGGUGUCACCUGACCCUGGACCCCCACCCUCCGUUCCCUCCCGACCCAACAGAGCGCCCCCGCCCGGAGUCCCCAGUCGUCCCAGUAAAGGUAGCCCCGCCCACGGAGAGAGCCCCCAGUCUUCUAUUGAGGGUUAACCUGAACCCUGUGUGUGUUUGUGUCUCUACUGAUGCUGUGUUACUGUGAACCUUACUAAUAAUAAUGAUAAUAAUAUUGAUAUUGAUAUUGAUAAGUAUCAGCACAUUAUGACGAGCAGACGAUCAGCGAAUGCUAUUGCAAUAUUGAGUGUAUUAUUAUUAUUAUACAAUAUGUCGUGUAGCUGUCUGUCUGCUCAGGAGAGUGAGACAGGUCAUCUGCCUGUCUGCCUCGUCACACUGUCGACAGCGACAGAAACAUGUAAUUAUGAGCUCACAUCAGGUUUACAAAGUACUGUAGAAGACUCCAGAGAUGGUGUCGAAGUGAAGACCUCUCACUCCUCUGGAUGGUCGGGCAGCUCUCGGAUCACACCUGCCUGCACACGUAGCUAGCCAGUUAGCUAGCUGCGUCCACUCCUGGAAUACAAUAAUUGAGUUCUAUUUUUCUUUACUGUUCUUUCUGUUUUGUAUGAAGCUGAUGAGAUGUUUUAAAUUAUUAUCCCUUUUAGUUUUAUAUUAUAUUAUUAUUUUAUUAUUACAUUUAGCAUUGUUACCAUUCUUCUAUUCAAACACGUGGUCAGAGAAUCUACUCUAGCCUCUGUACUCUGUUCUUUUCUGCUGACAUGUGUCCUCCGAGUUGUGUCACUGCCACCUGGUUCUAACCAGUUCCAACUGGUUCUGACCAGUUCCACCUGGUUCUAACCAGUUCCAACUGGUUCUGACCAGUUCCAACUGGUUCUAACCAGUUCCAACUGAUUCUAACCAGUUCCAACUGAUUCUAACCAGUUCCAACUGAUUCCAGUGAAUAAUUGGAUCAAACUGGCUCCUUGUGUUUCCACCUGGCUCCUACUAGUUGUAAUUGGUUCUUACUGGUUCCAGCUGGUUGUCACUGGGUCUAGCUUGAUCUGACAUGUUCCAGUUGGUUCCAGCUGGUUUUGAAACCAAUAAACUCAGUUAGCAGCAAACCACUGACAACAACCAUCCACUGUUGUGUAUGUGGAAGCAUCUGGAACCUCUUACUUUACAUGUUUUGGGCAGGGCUUUUCCUAAAGUUCCCUUUGUGAGUUUUAUGAAAAGAACUAAGUAAUUUGGAUCUAAUUGAUUGGAUUAAAUUAAUUGGGAGUGUGCCAAUUGAACCUUAAGAAGUAAUUAGUCCCAAAUCACAUAAAUGUUUCUGG